CGUGACGUCAUAUCCUGAAAAAAUAUAGGAGGUACACAACAGAGAAAUUUUUAGAGAAUUCGUUUUGUAUUUAUUUGUCUUUGUGACAAUUUCGUAGAACUUCCUUCAUUGAAUUUUACAAUGACGAUCAUUAAAGUAACCAAAGAUGGAAAGAUUCUUGGGAAGAAGAAGGCAGAUGAGACCGUAGUUCCUCUUGCUCCGGAGAGUAGCGAGCCAGCUGGCCGUACCUUACACAUCUCGUACGUACCGAGUGCAAGAUCAAAACGUCUUGUUAACGUUUUUCUCCUGAUUAUUGCCUUGCUGGUACUCAGUGCUGGAAUCAUUGGAGGUGUCUACCUGUACAAAUAUAUGCAACACAGGCACAGAGUUUCAAGAAUCUCCGUACAGUAUGAGGAUGACAAACCAAAGCCAGACCAUCAGACGGAGUCAGUGACGUACAUGACGAUGGAGGAAGACAUUGAUAUCCGCAUUGAAGAGGAGCUCGAGAGGAUUGAAGUCCCAAGAUUUGACGAGUGCCGCCAGUCCGUUAUCUUACACGAUUUCCACAUGAACUACACAGUGAUUGUUGACAAUGAAGAUCAGGAGUGCUUUAUCAUGGAUCUUGACAGGAAGCAAAUAAGCCCACCAAAGUCAUUCGCUGAGCUCAUCAGAAAAUACUCAUCUGGAUACUACAUGCCACGUGUAGAUGUCGUCAGACGUGACUACCGCGUCAUAACUCCUGCUCUGAAGAACCUUCAGUUUGCUGGUCCCGCCAUCGCCAUGGAAUGUGCACACUACGACUCAUACAAACUUGAGAAGAGGGAGCCAGUUCCACUGAUUGAGUUCCACUUCAAAUACGUGAAGACAUACGGAUUCAGUAACUUGCGGCAGGUGAUCAAAGAUCGUAUUAUGAAAUAGAUUGAGGCACGAUGAACAAUGUCCCGUACUUUCUAUAUAUAUCUCAUCUCAAAACCAACACGUCAUCGAUUGCCUAAGAAAAGUUUAUAUAUCGAUUGUUUGUAUAUUUUCAUACAUUGUGUAAACUGUAAACGUUGAAAACUUUUUUUCUGAAUAAUAAUCAUCUUGAAUAGGUGGCUUUUGAGCUCUUAUUGCUUACUGGAUGUGGUAAAUAACGGAAGCUGCUGCAUAUGAUUAUCGGAAGUGUUUUAAUGAUUAAUUUUUUUUUGUUCCAUGAUUUAUCGUCAAAAUUGAUAUAAUAUAUUUGUCUCAUUAGUGCAGUACCGUGUUAACUUGUAUAAAAAUUUAAGAGGAAAUAAUCUGUUACUGAAUUAACGAAAAUUGCUGCAUACCGGAAGUGUUUAAAUAUUUUCUUUUUUCUGUUCCUGAAUUAUCGUCUAAAUUAAUAUACAAUAUUGUCACAUUAUUGCAGUAACGUGUUAACUCAUAUAAAAUUUAAUGGGAAAUAACCCGUUACUGAACUAAGAUGACAAAAGAUCGUCAACAACUUCUUUUAGAUUAUGGCUAUCAAUAUAAUGGAAUGAAAGAAUUAAGGAAAUUGGAAACACUUGAAAAUAUUGAAAUAUAUUCGAGGCUUAUGAAAAUCCAGUGGUACAUGUACGUGUAAGUAUGUAAAAUACCUGAUAAUGCAAUAUUGAACAGCAAUUAUCAAAAUAUUGUUAAUGUUUUUUUAAGCUCUUUGUUUAAUAAUCAGUUAAGUAAAUUGUAUUUGGACCAAUAGUUUUAAAUGUGCAUUUGUUGGAAAUUAUAUUUUUAUACUUUUUUUUUGACACAGAUAAAAAAUGUCAUAAGUAAUAUAACUGCUUUUAUAUGAUUAGAACAAAUAGGGCAAAUAA